AUGUGGCGGCGCGUAUACUUGUUUCUCGUUCUGGUCCGCUUGUACUUUGCGCUAUCUCCGAGCUAUCUACACCCCGACGAGAACUUUCAGGGCCCCGAGGUCAUUGCAGGCCAAAUCUUUAGCUACCCCGUCCGACUGACCUGGGAGUUUACUUCCGUCAAUCCCAUUCGAAGCGUCUUCCCAUUAUGGCCUGUUUAUGGUCUGCCGAUGCUCCUCCUUCGAUGGUUGUGGAUAGGGAAUGGCAACGAUGGAGAGAUCCCUCCGAUCGCGGUCUUCUGGACCUUGCGAGUUUUGAUGUUUGCUUUGAGUUUCGUGCUGGAGGAUUGGGCUCUCCAUGAGCUGGUACAAUCGCCUCGACACCGAAGGGUUGCAGUUAUGUUGGUCGCGUCGUCCUAUGUGACUUGGACAUAUCAGACCCAUACAUUCUCGAACUCUAUAGAAACAUUGGCUGUGGCAUGGAGUCUGGUCUUGAUCCAAAGGAUCGUGGAGAAUAAGCAACGCUCGUCACUCUUUGCGACAGCGAUUCUUGCAUUUGUGGUUGUGUUUGGGAUCUUUAACAGGAUCACAUUUCCGGCAUUCCUUUUAAUCCCUGGCCUUCGUUUGAUACCCCAUUUUAUCAAGAAACCCUUUUCUCUUAUUUCCGCAAUACUCUCCGCUCUGCUCGCCAUCUUCAUCGCGAUCUACCUAGACACAACUUUUUAUACCGACCACUCGGUAACUUGGUCCUACUUAUUCUCCCACCCUACCAUCACACCACUCAACAAUCUAAAGUACAACCUAUCUGCAAGCAAUCUUGCCACCCAUGGCUUACACCCAUGGUACCAACAUAUUCUCUUCAAUACACCACUGUUACUUGGCCCGGUUGCCCUACUCCUUUGCUUUCCGCAUCCAUCCUUACGCCUCUACUCGGCGAUAUCGGGCGUCUUUGUACUUUCGAUCUUUCAGCAUCAGGAGGCGCGAUUUCUUCUUCCAACAGUGCCUCUUAUACUGUCAUCUGUUCAACUUCCGAAGAACAAAACACAUUUACGGAUCUGGGCUGGGCUCUGGGUCGCGUUUAAUAUAAUCUUCGGCGUCCUAAUGGGAGUGUACCAUCAAGGAGGCAUUAUCCCAACUCAAGUAUUCUUGAGUAAUCAACCAGAUGCUACACAGGCGAUAUGGUGGAAGACUUAUAGCCCACCAAUAUGGCUUUUGAAUGGGAAGAACGAGGUUUUGAAGACGCAUGAUAUAAUGGGGAUGAAAGGACCUCUCAUGUUGAGGGAAGUUAGUGCGCUGGCCACUUGUCACAAACCAUCUUCAAGUGCAACAGCAUACCUGGAGGAAAAAGAGGGAACCUAUUUGAUAGCACCGCUAUCGGCAACAUUUUUAGAUAGCCAUACGUCGAACGACUCCGGGCUACAUUUCCAGGAGGUCUGGCGGUAUAGAAGGCAUUUGAAUCUGGAUGACCUUGAUUUUGGCGAAGAUGGGGUCUGGGCUACCAUUCGGAGGGUAGUUGGGCGGAGAGGAUUAGGUGCUUGGAGAGUGACUAAGGAUUGCGCCAGAUAG